GGAAAGUUUUCAGGGUCGGGACUUCGUUGCUUAGCAGCUCCAGGCGCAGGACUCCGACUGCCUCGGCUCUUCUCACUGCUCUCUACCAAGGAAGCGCGUCCUCUGUCCGUCUGUCCGUCUGUGUCCUCCUCUCAGUCUCCGUGGCCAACAUGUCCCACACCGUGACGCUGAAGGGACCCUCUCCCUGGGGCUUCCGCCUGGUGGGAGGACGGGACUUCAGCACGCCAAUAACCAUCUCCAGGAUCACAGCAGGCAGCAAGGCGGCCCAAGGCGACCUGUGUCCAGGCGACACCAUCCUGGCCAUCAACGGCGACAGCACAGAGAGCAUGACUCACAUGGAGGCUCAGAACAGGAUCAAAGCCUGCACUCGGCAGCUCGCGCUCAACAUCAUCAGGUCGGGAUCCGGAGACAGAGUGUGGUCGCCGACUGUUAGUGAAGACGGAAAGACAAGUCCUUACACGGAGCCUGACUCACAGAAUUUCCGUCCCAUCAACAGCGGAUAUGGCGGUUACAGCCGUAAACCUUCAUACACCCCCGAGCCCCCAUCCCCACCGGCCCCCCCGGCCCCUCAGCCCACUUACGCGAAUAACGGACACUCCAGACCCAACAAUGGCCACAGCUAUGGAUACGGAAACGGACACGCUCAGUACAACAACCCGACCGGGCUUUACGCUGGCAGCAACGGAGACAAGUAUCUGCCAAGCAAGAUGGGCGGCCUGAACCUCAGCGCCUCACACAGCCCAGAGCCUCCAAUGCAUUCUCCCGUCCAGCCUCUCUUCCAGCCGGCCAUGCAUUCUCCCAUGCAGCCGGCCAUGCAGCCUCCCAUGCAUUCUCCCAUCCAGCUUCCCAUGCAGUCUCCCGUGCAGCCUCCCAUGCAGUCCCCCGCGGGCCACAAUGGUUUCAACACACAGUCGGACGUCUACAAGAUGCUGCAGGACUACGAGGAGCCCGUCUCUGAACCCAAACAGUCCGGCUCCUUCAAGUAUCUCCAGGGAAUCCUGGAGGCUGAGGAUGGAGGUGUGUCCCCCACGGAGAGAAUGAGAAACUUGAAGUCUCCAAUCAGGUCUCCCAUCCCCAAACUGGGAAGCCCCAUUCCCAGUCCCAUGCCUGGUCUCCAGAAGCUCCCGCAGUGCACACGCUGCUGCAACGGCAUUGUCGGCACCAUCGUGAAGGCCAGGGACAAGCUCUACCACCCCGACUGCUUCAAGUGCGACGACUGCGGCAUCAACCUCAAGCAGAGAGGCUACUUUUUCAUCGAGGACAAUCUGUACUGUGAGACCCACGCCAUGGCGCACGUCCAGGCCCCCGAGGGCUACGACGUCGUGGCGGUGUACCCCAACUCCAAGGUGGAGCUCGUCUGAGGUGGAGGCGGAGCCGGUCAUUCUGUAAUAUAAGUGGGAAGCCAGGAUAUGGGAGGAUGGGUCUACUGAGUAUCUUAACCUGGGUUUUAUUUGGCUCCCUCUUGGAUCUUGGAGUUUUUACCUUUUCGCAGAGUCCUAUGAAAUGUGUGUUUCUACACUGACUGACCUUAUGAAAUGCAAAUAGGCAUCAGGCAUAUUUAAAUAUGCAAAAGCAUCUCCAACCCAUUAACAAGCUGAUAUUGUUCCCCACUCACCCAUUGAAUCCUACACACACACACAACUACCAGUUAAAGACGAAAACAAUGUUCAAAUCCACAUCACAAGCACAUUACUAGAUUAUCCCAUGUAAAAAGAAUACAACAAAUAAGCAUUGCAGUUAACACAAGAGAUGUUUGAGCUGAUUGGUCUGUUUGCUGUGAUGACGUGUGCAGAGGAGCUGCUGAAUUCCCAUUUCACCCAGUAUAACCACAGUUUCCCAGACAGAACACUCCACUAAAGGUAUUGGUGAUGUAUUGUUUCAUGCUUGGAUGGGUUUAAAGGCUUCUGUGUCUUUUUAAACUAUAACUUACAGUUACACACUAUACUCCUGCUGCCGUUGGACUUUUGCAUUUGUAAUUUACAUGUUCAUUUUUCAGACUUUUAUACAGUUACGCAAACUGGGGAGCAUCUCUCUUUGAUUGUCACUUUUUUUUUGUUUUUGCUCACUUUUCUGUUACGUGUAAUUCAUUAUAAGCCGAUCGGGGAUGGAAUGUGCGUCAGUUUGCUUUGAGGUGUGGGUUUGCUGAACUAUAACCUGCAGUGGACGCCUCGGUACACAGCUAUGAAAACACCACCUUCUGAAAUGUCAACAAAAACUGCAGGAGCCAUUUUCAAAGCUCUGCAAGAGUCGUGGUUAAGAUUAAGUAAAAGAUUUGAGCACAAAAAAAAACCUGAAUUCAUUUUCAGCAAAAUUGCCACAAAUGCAGUGAAUUUAUUCCCAACAAAGGAGAUAAAGUGCUUCUGGCUCAUGCACCUGACUGAGAGAGGAGCUCUCACACUGAAGAAUUCCAGUUCACGGAGGAGAGAGCACGGAGUUCAGCGGGUGUGUUUAUUAAAAACACUAGGGGUUAAUGCUCGCCACAUCCUUUAAAAGCAACCAUGUGCAUUCGAGGAGAUAGAGCCGUAGAAAACUGUUAGAAACUCAUAAAGUGGGGCUCCACAGUCGACAACAUGUGUGAGCAAUAUUCUCUGUGUGUAGAGGGUUGGACCCACUGCGGAGAAACAGCACUGUUCCUCUUUUUGGAAGACGGAGAGAGAGGCAGAAGUUGGAGGUCUGCGUAGUUUUUUAUUCCCUUCCUACUUUGAAUUCAGAUUUCUGCUCACAGCCAAGAGAUAAAUGAAAUAUUUUUGUACUUGUCUUUUAAAGAGAGAGAGAGAGAGAGAGGGAAGGAGGAAAGAAAUGAGGGGACGGCGCAAGUUUUCUUCCAUUGACACUUUCCAUUGUUUUUUUUACGAUAUCAUUCUUGGCGUGUUGUGAACUGGGUGGAGAAGAGGGAUUUGUUUCUUUUAAAAAAACUUCCUAACAAAACUACUUGGAUCAUUUCAGAUGAGAAAAUGAACUGUGCCGUGCUGAUAUCCGUCUUUUUUGUUUUUUUCUAGAUAUCAACAAUGUCGUGUAGCCACUGGUAUGCCAUCUGUACUAGUCACCUUGUAAAUUAUGUGAAAAUGAUAUUGCUACCACAUUGCUCCUUUGGUAUUGUAUAUAUUUGUUUUUAAUCGUGAUUGCUUUAACAUACAUUAAACAUGUGUACUCACAUGCCUUUUGCAUAGCCUGUGUCUUUACAUGAUUUCUUUGACACAAAUCCUCUUUUUGUGUUUAACUUAUUGUUCUACCAACACGUGUUUUUUUCCUGGAUAUUCUUA